UGGGAGCUGGCACUGAUUUUUAUUUUGUGGCUUUGCAAAUAGGAGGUAAAAAAAAAUCCAGAGAGGGGGGAAAAAAAGAGCCCCAGAGCCCUUGAGCUUUCAGGAGUUUAUAAAUCAGCGAGGCUAAUGGGGGUGGCUGCAUCCACAACUAGGCGUCCAGGAAGAAGAACUCGGGAACCAAAGGUAAGGGAUUUUUUUAAAAAAGAAGAAGAAAAGAAAAAGCAGAAGUUAUCCUGAGAAGACCAACGCCGAUUUGAAAGUCUGGCGCUGUGUUUUUCCUUUUUAUGGCCGUCUCCAAGAGCAGGGGGAAAAGAAGAGCGGGGGCUCCGUGUCGUCGCCUUUGCAGCCGAGGUCCCAGGAUUCUUGAGCUGUGCCCAGCUGACAAGCUUUUGAAGAUGGCACAAUAACAGUUCAGUGAUGCCUGACCAUGACAGCACAGCCCUCUUAAGCAGGCAAACCAAGAGAAGAAGAGUUGACAUUGGAGUGAAAAGGACGGUAGGGACAGCAUCUGCACUUUUUGCAAAGGCAAGAGCAUCGUUUUUUAGUGCCAUGAAUCCCCAAGGCUCAGAGCAGGAUGUUGAGUAUUCAGUGGUGCAGCAUGCAGAUGGGGAGAAGUCAAAUGUGCUCCGCAAGCUGCUGAAGAGGGCAAACUCAUAUGAAGAUGCCAUGAUGCCUUUUCCAGGAGCAACCAUAAUUUCCCAGCUGUUGAAAAAUAACAUGAACAAAAAUGGUGGCACCGAGCCCAGUUUUCAAGCCAGUGGUCUCUCCAGCACAGGCUCAGAAGUACAUCAGGAGGAUGUGUGCAGCAACUCUUCAAGAGACAGCCCCCAAGAGUGUCUUUCCCCUUUUGGCAGGCCUACGAUGAGCCAGUUUGAUAUGGAUCGGUUAUGCGAUGAACACCUGAGAGCUAAGCGUGCCCGGGUUGAGAAUAUCAUUCGGGGGAUGAGCCAUUCCCCAAGUGUGGCAUUAAGGGGCAAUGAAAAUGAAAGAGAAAUGGCUCCGCAGUCUGUGAGUCCCCGAGAAAGUUACAGAGAAAAUAAACGCAAGCAAAAGCUUCCGCAACAGCAGCAGCAGAGUUUCCAGCAGCUGGUUUCAGCUAGGAAAGAACAGAAGCGAGAGGAGCGCAGACAGCUGAAACAGCAGCUGGAGGACAUGCAGAAACAGCUGCGCCAGCUGCAAGAAAAGUUCUACCAAAUCUAUGACAGCACAGAUUCUGAAAACGAUGAAGAUGCCGGUAACCUGUCGGAAGACAGUCUGCGUUCAGAAAUUCUGGAUGCCAGAGCUAGAGAUUCUGUGGGGAGGUCAGAUAAUGAAAUGUGUGAGUUAGACCCAGGGCAAUUCAUUGAUCGUGCAAGGGCUCUGAUCAGGGAACAGGAGAUAACUGAAAACAAACCUAGAAAAAUUGGCCCAAAAGAUAAAGAGCAUGGGCCAAACUCUUUUCACCCAGAAGGCAAACAUCUGGCUGAGACAUUGAAACAGGAACUGAACACUGCCAUGUCUCAGGUUGUGGACACAGUGGUCAAGGUUUUCUCUUCUAAACCUGCCCGCCAACUUCCUCAGGUCUUCCCGCCUCUUCAGAUCCCCCAAGCAAGAUUUGCCAUGAAUGGGGAAAACCACAACUUCCACACAGCCAACCAACGGCUCCAGUGUUUUGGCGAUGUCAUCAUUCCAAACCCACUAGACACCUUUGGCAAUGUGCCGCUACCUAGUUCCACAGACCAAACAGAAGCACUGCCCCUAGUUGUCCGCAAAAAUUCAUCUGACCAGUCUGCCUCUGCCCCCCCACCUGGCAGCCACCAUGCUGCUCUCCAUCAGUCUCCGCUGUCCGCUACCACAGGCUUCACUUCAUCUUCCUUCCGCCACCCAUUUCCGCUUCCUCUUAUGGCAUACCCAUUUCAGAAUCCCUUAGGCGCUCCUUCUGCCUCCUUUCCAGGGAAAGACAGAGCUUCCCCAGAAUCCUUAGAUUUAACAAGGGAGACCACAAGCCUGAGGACCAAGAUGUCAUCGCACCAUAUGAACCAUCAUCCUUGUUCACCAGCACACCCGCCCAGCAGCGCUGAAAGCCUCUCUAUAUCUCUCAUCAAAUCUGAGUGUGGUGACCUACAAGAUAUUUCAGAAAUCUCACCUUACUCGGGGAGUGCAAUGCAGGAAGGGUUAUCGCCUAAUCACUUGAAAAAGGCCAAGCUCAUGUUCUUUUAUACCCGGUACCCAAGUUCCAAUAUGCUGAAAACGUACUUCUCAGAUGUUAAGCAUCAUUCAUCCAGAAGAAGCCCAAAGUGCUUUACAAACAGCCAAUAUAGGGAUCAUUCACCCACCACUGAAAGGCAGCCACUUCCGUGGUGGAAGGCAACAGCCAUUCGGGGUCAGCAACAUCACACACCAGUAGAUUUCAACAGAUGCAUUACCCUCUCCAAGGCCUCAAAAUCAAAGUUGGUUUAAGCAGAAUUUCC